CUGGUAUCUUAGGUUUCCAGCCCAAUUAGUUCCACAUCCUCAGGCUCAUUAACGCGCAGGUAGUGGGCCUACCAGCCAGUGCCAAGGCGCGAUAACGAGCGGCAGGUCAGGGGGUCAGGCAGAGGCCACAGCGCUAGCGGCACGGCAUAGCCGGCGACAGAAACCAACCGAUGCCACUCGUCGGCUGUCCCCGCCGCGGCCCGCCGCUUUCUCCCGCCUGCCGCCACCGCCGCAGCCUGUAUCGGGCCCGAGCCGUCGCGCCCAAAUGCGAGGCCUCCUCCUCCUCUCCUCCGCCGCUCCUGACCAGGAGACUGUCCGCUGCCUCGCUGCUUCUCGCUGUCCUCCCCGUCCCCGCGUCGUCGCCGCAACUCCCCGUCGCCUCCGCGUCGCAGGCGGAGGCGAAGGAGGCGGAAGGAGAAAGCGGAGCUUCCGAGGGGAUAGAACUGGAGCGGUACACUGACCAGGAGCAGGGCUUCACCCUCCUCAAGCCGACCUCUUGGCCCAAGGUGGAGAAGGCGGGCGCGACGGCGCUGUUUCAGCAGGAGGGCAAAGGGAGUAACAAUAUCGGGGUCGUCGUCAACCCCGUCCGGCUCAAUUCGCUGACGGAGUUCGGGACGCCGCAGUUCGUCGCGGACAGACUUCUGCAAGCAGAGAAGAAAAAGGAAAGUACCAAGACUGCCGAGGUGAUCUCAGUGGGAGAGAGAUCAGGUCAUGGUGGCCUGACAGUGUAUGAAAUCGAGUACACACUGGAUAGCACUAGGGGAGGGAUGAAACGGAUCUUCUCGGGUGCAUUUGUUGCUUCAAGGAAGCUCUAUCUGCUCAACAUAGCCUGUUCAGACACCCAGGAGAAGCCCUUGGACAGCGAGACAAGAAUUGUUCUGGAAAAAGUUCUACAUUCUUUUGAUUCUGUAUAGUUGAUAUUUUUUUACGACAGAGGUAUGGCACUUUUUCUUGUUUUCGGAUUUUCUCUCACUUGAAAAUACAGUUGCAAGUAAUUGUUUGUUUGUAAAAUGAGUGCUAACCAAAUAGUUGCAGUGUCCUUUUGUCCAAUACCGUUUCACCUUUCUCAGUGAUGUCAGGCUAUAAGUAAUUUCAGUUUUCAGUUUAGAUAAUGAACUUCGUCUUCCAUAGGUAACAUUUGUGUCACAGGCAGUAAAACGUUGUGAUCUUAAUUACUAGCCUGGCAGUGGCAUUACUGCAUUCGUAAUA